AUGGACCAGCAGAAGAGAAAUAUCGUGAUAAUAGGCGGCGGCAUCAUCGGAAGCACCACCGCCUACUACCUGAGCCGCCAUCCCAAGUUUAACCCGGUCCUCCACCACAUCACCCUGCUCGAGGCCACCGCCAUCGCCGCCGGCGCAUCAGGUAAGGCAGGCGGCCUGCUCGCCCUGUGGGCCUACCCGGCUGCUCUGGUCCCCCUGUCCUACCGCCUGCACCGCGAGCUGGCAGCCGAGCACGGCGGCGCCGAGAGGUGGGGCUACCGGAGGGUCGGGUGCGGCAGCCUGUCCGCCGUGGUCAAGGAGCGUGAUAUCAAGGCGAGGCUUGCGGGCAAGGCUCAACAGAGCAACGGCAAUGUGAACGGAAACGCUGCCAAUGUCCCAGCCCCCGUACCUACUGCUGGAACCACGGGCGUGCCAAAGCCCGAAGACGACAAGGACAAUGACAAGGACAAGCAGUGGGAGAAGCUGCCGAAACAGGACACAGCCGCCGCCAGCCUCCUACAAGAUUCGCCCCUACCGGCGGAUCUCGACUGGAUCGACGCCGGCCUGAUACAGUACUACGAGGAGAUGGGCACGCCCGGCAAGACCGAGACCGCGCAGGUGCAUCCCUUCCACUUCACGACGUCCAUCGCCGCCCUGGCGAAGGAGAAGGGUGUGGACAUCCGCCUGGGUGCCAAGGUGACCAAGAUCAACUACAGCAAGACGGCUGUGGAGAGUGUCGAGUACGAGGACCGCGAGGCGAAGGAGACGCGGACCAUCGAUGAGGUCACGGACGUCGUGGUCACGGCCGGUCCGUGGACGGGCAGGGUCCUGCCACGGAGCAAGGUCGAGGGACUGCGCGCGCAUAGCGUGGUCUAUGAUGCUGAUGUUUCCCCAUAUGCCGUGUUCACAGACAUCCAAUUACCAGGCGACUUCGUCCCUGAACAUCGCGCAAAGCUCGGCCAGAAGAGGAAACACAAGGGGAACGUAGACCCCGAGAUCUACGCACGACCGUUCAACGAGGUCUACGCCUGUGGCGAACCCGACAAGACGAUACCGCUGCCCGAGACGGCCGACCAGGUGCAGUGCGACGAGGCGCAAUGCGACGACCUGGUCGCCUACAUCGGCACCAUCUCGCCACAGCUCGCCGCCGCCCCCGUCAAGGCCAAGCAGGCGUGCUACCUGCCGCGCCACGUGCGCUUCGGCGAGGAGCGCUCGCCCCUCAUCGGCCGCACCCAGACGCCCGGCCUGUGGAUCGCCGCCGGCCACACCUGCUGGGGCAUCCAGAACGGCCCCGCCACCGGCUGCCUCAUGGCCGAGAUGCUGCUGGACGGCGAGGCCCAUAGCGCCGACAUCGAUACGCUGGACCCGCGCAAGUUCAAGGUCUGA